CGUUGGACCAAUAAAAUUUUAAAGCAGUUCAACGGUUUUUGAAGACGUUUCAUCAGUCCGGUGUCUUGUUGAAUUUUAUCUUAAAAUUUGGAUAAAGUUAUCAUUUUGUAUUCAAUAUCAAGCUGUGCAUCUUCUAAAGUAACCAAUAUUCAAUUAAAACGGCUACAGCCGUUUAAUAAAUUACCUCCAUAAUGGCGCCAACCAGGUUGGCAUCGAAGCCGAUCGGCGUCAAUGAGAACUUGAACGGUUUACUGGGGCAUGGGAUAACGACAAGGAGUAAGCAAUUAGCUUCUCUGAAAACUCACAAGGACAGUUUAAAAGUACCAAACAAGAGGAAAGCUGACAGUCCUCUCAAAGAUGUUACAGCUAAGAGGGCUGCAUUUGGAGACAUUACAAACGCUUUUAACAAGACUAGCGCUCUCCAGGAUAAAGACAAAGUCUUGGGGCUUAAGAAGGUCACCGUGGAAAGCAAAAUACUUCCAUCUGUAAAGAGUAUCAAACCACAGACCACCUUGAAUGGUAAGUCCUCCAAGGCAAAGACAUUCCAGAGGGUUGCUACAAGUGCAUUAGAUGCUGUACAGAAGCACUUUGCUAAGGAUCCACCCAAGCCAGUGGCUACUCGUGCUCAGAAUGGCAUCCUGAAGAACAUUCACCAGCAAGAGCAGAAAAAAGACAAGAGCAUCAACCAGAAUCAAAGCCAGAGCUCUGCUAAGUCAGCAAGGAGUGAUGUGUCCGAACCAUCACUGUACAUGACUGCUCUGGAAACUACCAGCCCCUCAGAAACCUCAAAGGAGGAAUACAAGACAAUAAGUGACAAGUUGGACAAGGUCAACUUGGAUGAUACUAUUCGGUCCCUGGAUGAAGAGACUGAAACACCGCACAAGCCACCCUCUGAUGUUCCUGACUUCGACCAGGAGAACUGGAAUGACACUUUCCAGGUGUCAAACUAUGCUAUGGACAUAUUCAAUUAUUUGAAGAGCAGAGAGCACCUGUUCCCUAUUGACGAUUACCUGCAACGGAUGAAAGGGAUCACAUCGUGGAUGCGGGCACUCCUGGUGGACUGGAUGGUGGAGGUCCAGGAGAGCUUUGAGCUCAACCACGAGACUCUAUAUCUGGCUGUGAAGCUUGUCGACCUGUUCUUAACCAGGUCUUCUAAGACGCAGCCAGAGAAGGACCACCUCACGAAGGAGGAACUGCAGCUGCUUGGGGCAUCAGCAUUGUUUAUUGCUUCCAAGUUUGAUGAGCGCAUUCCCCCCCUCGUGGACGACUUCCUGUACAUCUGCGACGGCGCGUACACGCUGAGCCAGCUGCUCAAGAUGGAGAUGAACAUUCUGCGCGUCGUAGAUUUCGAUCUCGGCGUCCCGCUGUCCUACCGGUUCCUCAGGAGAUACGCCAGGUGCGCCCGCGUGUCGAUGCCGACGCUGACGCUGGCGCGCUUCGUGCUGGAGCAGUGCCUGCUGGAGUACAGCCUGCUGGAGCACUCCGACAGCAAGAUGGCCGCAGCCGCACUCUACCUCGCGCUCAGGAUGAAGUCCAUCGGUAACUGGACGCCCACACUACAGUAUUAUACAGGAUACACCGUUAAGGAUAUCCUCCCCAUCGCGCUCGCCCAAAACGCAACUCUACAUAAGAAGCCCAAAUCCGCAAUCAGCACAGUUAGGAAUAAAUACUCGCACACAAUCUUCUUUGAAGUGGCCAAGGUACCUCUGAUCGACGACGCGGCUCUCUCCAGCUGAGGCAAGUCCGGUGGCGCUUUACAUGCUGUACAAACUAUUCUAAGGUGGGUCCAAAUUUUCUAAUAAUUUGUAAAGUUGUGUGUAUAUUAAUUCGAGGCUGGCGGGCGAAAGAUGUCUGACCCAAGUUGCAAUGUAUAUAGAAUUCACGCUUCCUGUUUUCAUAUUUAUGUAAUAUUUUGUUGUUUAAUUUUCAUGCUUGUGCUGCAAAUUAUUCUCUUGUUCUUCAUUGUUAGUAUUAUACUUUUUGUUUGUGAUAGUCAAUGUAUUUUCUUAAAGUAACUGGUUUAAUUGAAUAACAUUUUUACUGUCACAGUUUUAAAAGUCUUAUGAAAUUUAUGGAGGUGAAUCAUUCGACCUUCAGAUUAAAUAUAUUUUUUUAGUUAUUUUAUGAUUAGAAUUUUUAACAAUUUAAAUUAAUGCCAGUUAUCUUGCGUCAGACUGAACUCGGUUCGCGCUGCCGUAGACUAAGAGAUCGCAAUUGAUAGCUUGUGUUACUUAAUUAUUUUGUAAUGCGUGUCCAGUUUGUGAUGUGUGAACGAUCGCAAUAUUACACGUAGCUCAUUCAUGAGAGGAAGAGGAAUCGGGCCUAUGUAUCCUUGAACAAGCUUUAAGGGCCGAAUGUCCGACAAACAAAUUAAAUGUAAGGUGCCACUGGCUCAUUAGAACUACAUGAUAUUUGUAAGUAGUAUGACUAAACUAGACAAUUUACCUCGGGUUAACCGACCCGAGUGUUGACACUGCCAGUAUGUGAAUGAUUAGGUAGUGAAAAUCUAGAUCAAUUAAGAGUUUGUGUGAAGUGAAACACGAAUUGUGAAGUGUUAUAAACUAUAGUACGAGUUGUUUAUGAGAAGUGUAUUUACUUUCGGUAAAUUAAUAUAAUAAAGACUGAAAUGUUUGUUGACAUGUACGAAUGGAGCGUCGGUAUUACCCGACUCACGAUAUUUGUCGAAUAUGUGCCAUAUAAUGAUAUGGCAACAACCCCGUUACUCGGAAGUAUUGACUAGAGGAUGAAGCCUCAAUAAAUAACACCAGUUGAACGGCGAAACUAAGUUUCCAUAAAACAAGAGCGUUUGAAUAAAUUCAAUAAAGACUAAAACCAAAAUCUCAUCAUGUCCUGUCUGACCUCAAUAGAAUCUUACCAAAAAUCAAUGCCUAAAAUCCACAUUCCAAUAUUGUUUAUUACCUUGCUGCUUGUUAUUUAAUUAGAAUAAUGCUGUCUUCCUAUAGCGAAUUAUAGGUUUUAAUCGGCUAAAUGUAUUAAAAUGUAUAUUUAUCACAAAUGUACAAACAACGAUACUUUGAUGUGUAUUGUUUAGUGAAGAGAUUUAUUUAUCUCAAUGCGUAACUCUUUUGGUAGACGUCAAAGCGUUUAUAUUGUACACGAGCACUUACGCUUUUCGAUAAAUAUGCAACCCUUAGAUUUAUUUUACGACUAAGAUCUGUAGAAUCUUUAGGUAAGCCUUGACUGUACAGUCGCGAUCAUAAGUGUGAACCAAAAAAUCAAUAUUCAUAAUGAACUAAAUGAUGCUUAAAUAUUUCCAUCGUAUUUAAGGAGAUAGCGUGUGUAGAUUUGAUAGAAGAGUAUACAGUAGUGCGAUCACUGGCACGCUUAUGUCCCCGACUGCUGUAUAGGUUCAACUAGCGCCGGAUGUGUAAACGUUUUUAUACAUAAUAUUAUGUAUUCUUGGCAAGCUUUGCUACUCUUUUAAUUAUAAUUAUUAUUAAUGGAUUUUGUAAUGUUUUAAUAUAAUUAAUUUACAUAGUAAUUAUUGUGAGAUUAUUCGCAUCAUUUGUCAUAUGUUUUGUAAUUUAUCACAUUUUAAAGAGUACAAAAUAUUGGAAUGUUAUAAUAAUGUUGUUCGUUUAAUAAUAAGUUUUAGAAUAAUUGUCACUUUGAAAACUGUUUUCUUCUUUAUAGCAUUUGUCGUCUAAUUAUACAAGGAUAAUGUAAACUGACGUGUAAAUAAAAGUGAUUUUGGUUUGGUAA